GGAGUGAAGAAUUCUCUCUCAGAUCUGAAGAAGAGACUGGAGGAAUUCUGUGAGGAGGAAUUCAACAAAAUCCCUCCACAUGCUGCAGCAGUUCAGAUCAUUUCACCACCAGAUCCACAGAACAGAGAAGAGUUUCUGAAAUGUAUAACACACACACACACACACACACACACACACACACACACACACACACACACACACACACACACAAAAUCACACACAUAAACACACUUCAUAUGAAUAUACAGUAUUCUGUGAAUUAAACCCAACAUGUUCACAUUGUUCAGUUUGUUUUUCUCUUUUAUUUUAGAUUUCUGUUCUCUGACUCUGGAUCCCAACACGUCACAUCGUAACCUCAUUCUGUCUGAGGAGAACAGAGCAGUGACAGUCAGUGAGAGAGAGCAGCAGUACUCUGAUCAUCCAGAGAGAUUUGACUCCUUGUGGCAGGUGUUGUGUAAGGAGAGUGUGUGUGGACGCUGUUACUGGGAGGUGGAGUGGAGCGGUGAUGGUAUUGUGUCCAUAUCAGUCUCAUAUAAAGACAUCGGGAGGAAAGGUCGGGGUGAUGAGUGUGGGUUUGGACGCAACAAACAGUCCUGGAGUCUGGAAUGUUCUUCUUCUUCUCUCUCUUUCUAUCACAACAACAUUAAGACUGAUCUCAGUGGUCCAUCAUCCUCCAGAAUAGGAGUGUAUGUGGAUCACAGUGCAGGAACUCUGUCCUUCUACAGCGUCUCUGACACCAUGAAGCUCCUCCACAGAGUCCACACCACAUUCACUCAGCCUCUAUACGCUGGGUUCAGGCUCUACAGGUGGUUUGGUUUUCCAUUUAUUAUAUUGUCUGAUCUAAAAUAAUGUGUGUAGUGUUUUGUGUAACAUUCCUCCACACCAUCAUCUGUUUAACACACAAUCCAGCUGCACAAAAAACAUUUUCAUUGUAAAUUAAAACAGAUUCAUCCUGGAUGAUGAACCAUAUCAGAACCAUAUAAAUCCAAGUUUGUGUUAAAUAUUAUGACCAAAGUUUUGAAAAUAAAAGAUCAGACCACAGAAGAACGGUGUGAA